AUGCAAAAGGAAGGACAGCGGGAUCACGGUCUCCUGGAGGAAGCUGCUGCAAGUGUUCCAAGCACGUUGCCUAUACCCGGCACACAUCCAGGUGGAGCUCAAAGCCCUGUACCUCGCCUUGCCUCUGGCACGCACAGAGCGCAAAGGACGGCAUCUUGCACAGAUCCUCAAGAGCAACAAUGUGCAGAAGAGGAGUGUGAUGCUGAUGAAUGUGGCGAUGAACGCAAACCUCCGGCUGACAGUGUCGACUGUUUCGGCAAUGACAAGCGCCCGUAUCUUCCUCUCAUGCUCUUGGGGUCCACUUUGAUUGGUGCUCUUCAUAUGCUUCUGAUUGAGUUUCCGAUCAUCAGGGAGUUGGCUUGGGGCUACGAGUUGCGUGCUUUCUUCAUGUGCCUCUAUGCGCUUACCCUAUAUUGUUUAGUUUAUUGUGUACUUUGCGACCCAGGCAAACUCGCCGUGAAAGAAAUGGAGGCCUUUACGCAUGCUCAUUCUGUUGGGGAACUUCCCAGGAGGUGCCACAAGAUGUGGCUUUUCAAGCAGCCAAUUCGAAGGUAUGACCACUACUGCCGUUGGUUAACAAAUGCAGUGGGACUGCUGAACCACCGCGAGUUUGUCACCAUGCUGGCUGGCUUGCUGAUGAUUGGUCUGUGCGGGUGCAUCAUAGACUUUAUUCUGAUCAUAUGGACUUCAAGUGAGGGUCGACAUUUUACGGGGUUCUUGCUCAUCAUGCAUCUUACGUAUUCUGUGAUACUGUCACUCCUGACCGGGCCCAUCCUUCGUUUGCACAUUACGUUCGUGACCAGGAAUGAGCUUGCUAACGAGUACAAGCACAAUCUCUUCCAUGUGUUGAGGGACGUGACUGGCAAAGCAGUGCCUGUCAACGAGCUGGAAGAUGCAGAGUUUAAUGCAGGCUUGGAUGAAGACCGAUUUGAGUACGACCCAUCUUUGAAUGCGUUUGACCGCGGCUGGCCAACGAACUGUAUCAAUUUUUGGUGUGUUGCCCGCUGGCCAUCCAAUCAGUUUGGUGAAUUCUGA